AUGAAGCUCAGCCAGGACCUCAGAGAGCGGAACACGACCACGGACAAGCAGAUGGGCACGACGCGGCUCAAACUCCUUGCGGAGCCGCGACAAGAACUCAAAUACGCGCUGAAACUCCAUAUCCGUGCGCACAGUCAGACAACAGGGACAGGUGUCACACACAACUGUACGAAGAGAAUCAAGCUGGGUAUUCAUCGUGUUUUCCAAUCACUUCCACCAAGUUACAAGAACUUCGUGAUGAACUACAAUAUGCAGAACAUGAACAAGGAGUUACCUGAACUUUUCUCCAUGCUAAAAUCUGCUGAGAUUGAGAUUCAGAAAGAGCACCAAGUGUUGAUGGUCAACAAGACCACCAGUUUCAAGAAGCAAGGCAAACCUAAGAAGGGCAAUAUCAAGAAGGGCGGUAAGAAAGCUGCCGCGCCUCCUGAGAAGCCUAAGGGUGGCCCUAAACCUGAUACUGAGUGCUAUUACUGCAAUGGGAAGGGGCAUUGGAAGCGUAAUUGCUCCAAGUACUUGGCUGAUCUGAAGAGCGGCCUUGUCAAGAAGAAGAAAGGUAUAUCUGAUAUACAUGUUAUAGAUGUUUAUCUUACUGGUUCUCGUACUAGUGUCUGGAGCGCCGCCGAAUGGCACCAGCACGACGGCAACAGCGAGCGCCGCGACUGCCCGGUCCACGUCCCUGGAAAGGAAGUUAGAGCCGAGAGAGACGGCUAG